AUGUCGAUGUCCGUUCAAGAUUGCGCCGGGGCCCGAGAGGGCUUCCCUCGACCAUUCCCCGAUACCCCCACCAAUGUUCUGCAGCAGUUCCAGAUGAAGGGGAAAGUAGUCAUCAUCACAGGUGCUGCAGAUGGUCUUGGAUAUGCUGUGGCCGAGUCUAUGGCUGAGGCCGGCGCCCAUGUCGCCCUAUGGUAUAACUCAAAUAAUGUUGCAAUUGAGAAGGCACAGAACCUGGCCAAAGAACAUAAUGUUAAAGCGUCCGCUUACAAGGUUGAUGUAUCCGAGUCCACACAGGUUCAGGAAACUAUCUCCAAGGUUGCUCAGGACUUUGGCAAGAUUGAUGUGUUCGUUGCCAAUGCCGGCAUGGCUAUCUCCAAGCCCAUCUUGGAGCAGACAUUGGACGAGUACCGCAAGCAGAUGUCCGUGAAUGUCGACGGCAUUGUUUAUUGUGCAAAAUACGCCGGCGAAGUGUUCUCCCGUCAAGGCCAUGGCAACCUCAUCAUUACCUCCAGCAUGAGUGGCCACGUCGUCAACGUCCCCGUUGACCAGCCCGUCUACAACGCCACGAAAGCCUACGUUACUCACUUUGGAAAAUCCCUCGCUCGUGAAUGGCGCGAGUUUGCGCGUGUCAACAUUGUAUCACCGGGAUUCUUCGACACCAAGAUGGGAGCGGGUCCGGAUUGUCUCCAAGAAGCGUAUCGGAUGUCCUCCCUUGGAAGACAGGGCCAUGUCAAGGAGAUCAAGGGCUUAUACCUGUAUCUGGCCAGUGAUGCAUCAAGUUACAUGACUGGUAGCGAUGUGCUCAUCGAUGGAGGAUAUGUGUUGCCGUGA